UUUUUUACUACUGUUUCCCUAAGGCGCACCGUGCAUCCGUAACUUCUUCUAUCAUGUCCAGCUCAUUUGAUCUCCACAUUCAGACAACUAUCUCCCCCCACAACGGUCAAGCAUAUCAUGUAGAAACAUAUCCUGCUUCUGGCGAUCUAAACCGCACUCUCGAAAGUGCAGUACAGUCACAGAAAGAGUGGAUCAAGACAACGCUGGACGAACGCAUCGCGAAGGGUCGCAAAUUCAUUGAGAAAUUCUCUGCCCUUGCUAAUCGAGAAGCACCGGCAACAUACGAUCAUGGACCGCUUGGACAUCACACCCUCGCUGAAGAGUUAUGCCAUCAGAUGGGCAGGCCUGCUGAUCAGUGUUGGGGGGAGUUCAGAGGAUUUUUACAGCGCGCAACCUACAUGGUUGACAUUGCUGAAUCGUGUCUCUCAGACGUGACCUUUUCAGAUAAUCAACCUGGUGCCAGUCGCCUCAUAAAGCGCGUUCCACUCGGUGUUAUUUUUGUCAUCGCACCAUGGAACUAUCCCUAUCUUGUCAUGAUCAAUUCUGUACUUCCUGCGCUCAUCGCCGGAAACGCCGUUAUUCUGAAGCCUUCUCCCCAAACGCCUCUGACAGCCGUACGGUUCAAAGAAGCUUUGGAUGAUGCCGGAUUUCCAGCCGAUCUCAUACAAGUGGUGCAUCUCUCACUGCCUCUUACUCAAUAUGUCGUACAGCAUAAACUAGUCGAUUUUGUCGUGUUCACAGGCAGUGUGGCAGGAGGAAAAGCGAUUGAAACGGCGGCCGUUGCUGCUGGCGGAUUCAAAGGUGUUGGUUUGGAGCUCGGAGGAAAAGACCCGGCAUAUGUUCGUGGAGAUGCGGACCUGAAAGAUGCAGUGAUACAGCUAGUUGAUGGUGCAAUGUACAAUUCCGGGCAGAGUUGCUGUGCAGUCGAGCGGAUCUAUGUUCACGAGUCCGUGUACGACAACUUCGUAGAUGAAUAUGUCCUCGAAGCCAAGAAACUCGUAUUGGGUGAUCCUGCGAACAAGCAAACAACCCUCGGUCCUGUGAUUAGCAUCGCCAGUGCGGAGAAAAUUCGCACCCAGAUUUCUAGCGCAGUGCAAACGGGCGCGAAAGCCCUCAUACCCGAAACCCUGUAUCCAAAGGCAGAACCGGGCACUGCAUUUGUUGCACCCCAAGUCCUGGUCGAUGUGAAUCACACGAUGGACGUCAUGAAGGAAGAAACAUUCGGGCCGGUCGUUGGCAUCCAAAAGGUUUCAUCUGAUGCGCAAGCGAUUGAGCUCAUGAACGACUCAGAAUACGGCCUUACCGCUUCCAUCUGGACCAAGUCAUUGGAUGACUUUAGCACCCUUGCAGACCAGGUGCAAGCUGGAACAGUCUUUCUCAAUAGGUGCGAUUCCCUCGACCCAGCUUUGGCCUGGACGGGGAUUAAGAACAGUGGACGUGGCGUCAGUCUGAGCAAAUUCGGAUACGACCAACUCACGAGGGCGAAAUCCAUCAAUAUGCGCAUCAACACAGCUUGAUCUAAUGGUGGGAUGAUAUCAAUAUCAGUUGGAGUGUGCUACUAAGAUAUGUAGCCACACAACGAGGCGGAAGUAGAUUAUCAGAAGUCGCAAAUACACCAAUUCCCGGAGCAGUCAUGUAUUCUGAAUGCCUAGGUCGUCAACAUUUCAACCACGAAACUUUGAAGUAUGAAG